AUACCAGACGGUCGCUCAACCAUUUUCAACGGCAGUUCGAUCACCCGCAGACAUGGUCCAGCACGCAUGACGCAUCCGGAUCGUCCGUCAAGCACCUGCCACGAGUUCCCUACCCAACGCCCAAUAGGCAAUAGCCGUCUUCGUCCUUCGCUUCGCAUCCCGUUCCGUGAGAAACCUCCGUCCGCGUUCCCCGUUUCUCUCUCCUUUGGGCUUUGGCUCCGAGCCUCCGAUGACUCUCGUGGCGUGGCCCGCUUGGAGGUUGGUCUUCUAGAGGAGACCUUGCCCCUCGAGAGGGAGGAAGUGAAGGAAACUUCCAGAAGCCUUUCCCGCAGCCGAUGAAGGAAACCAGCAGCAGCCAUGUCGGCGGCCCCGGCGCUGAGGACGUCUGUUCCUCGUCCGUGUCCAACAAUUGUUUCCCACAAGAUGAGGGUACAAGCUCCAGCGAAAUGAUCAAUACUGAAUGCUCUGAGACGUCCUCAGAGGUGUCGGGUUCUGAAAGAACAAGACCUGAACAUAGCAAAAAAGCAUCUUCUGUACUUGGUAAGAAGAUAUCUAUUAGAAAGAAGCUAAAAAUGUUUAGUCGAAUGGCUACAUUGAAAGAUGAUGGAACUGUAGUUGUCGAUAUCCCUACUACUAUUGAAGCUGCAUCACUUGAUCUUCAUUCAGAGGAUCACCAGGAUGUGGCCUUUGGUGGCGAACCCUUGGACUCUUCAGAUCUUCAGGAUAGACCACCAAUGCAAAUUGCUAUGCUGAUUGUUGGUACAAGAGGGGAUGUGCAGCCAUUCAUAGCUAUAGGAAAACGUUUGCAGGACUACGGUCAUCGUGUUAGAUUAGCAACCCAUGCCAACUUCAAGGACUUCGUGAUGACUACUGGGUUGGAGUUUUAUCCCCUUGGUGGAGACCCAAAAAUUCUUGCUGGAUACAUGGUUAAGAACAAAGGAUUCUUGCCUGCAACUCCAUCAGAAAUUCCUAUCCAGCGCAAGCAGAUUAGGGACAUUAUAUUCUCCUUGCUUCCUGCUUGCAAGGACCCAGACAUUGAUACUGGUGUUUCUUUUAGUGCAGACGCCAUAAUAGCUAAUCCAGCAGCAUAUGGACAUGUACAUGUGGCAGAGGCUCUCAAUAUACCGAUUCACAUAAUUUUCACAAUGCCGUGGACGCCUACCUGUGAAUUUCCGCAUCCUUUCUCUCAUGUGAAGCAACCUGCUGGAUAUAGACUUUCAUACCAGAUUGUUGACUCUUUUGUCUGGCUUGGCAUAAGGGAUAUGAUAAAUGAUCUCCGAAAAAGGAAGUUGAAAUUGAGACCAGUCACAUACCUAAGCGGUACACAUGCUUAUUCGAAUGAUAUUCCUCAUGCAUAUAUCUGGAGUCCUUACCUUGUCCCCAAACCAAAAGACUGGGGACCUAAGAUUGAUGUUGUUGGAUUUUGUUUCCUUGAUCUUGCUUCAGAUUAUGAGCCUCCCGAGACCCUUUUGAGGUGGUUAGGGAGUGGUGACAGUCCUAUUUAUAUUGGUUUUGGUAGCCUUCCAAUUCCAGAACCAGAUAAGUUGACAAGAAUCAUUGUCCAAGCACUUGAAAUUUCUGGACAGAGAGGUAUCAUUAACAAGGGUUGGGGCGGGCUUGGAAACUUGGAAGAAUCAAAGGAAUUUGUGUAUGUACUUGAUAAUGUUCCACAUGAUUGGCUCUUUUUGCAAUGCAAAGCUGUGGUACACCAUGGUGGUGCUGGCACUACUGCUGCUGGUCUUAAGGCUGGGUGCCCCACUACCAUCAUACCAUUCUUUGGUGAUCAAUUCUUUUGGGGCAGCAUGGUUCAUGCCAGAGGAUUGGGUGCACCACCUAUACCCGUGGAGCAAUUACAAUUGCAUUCGCUGAUUGAUGCAAUCAAAUUUAUGAUUGAUCCUAAGGUAAAGGAACGAGCUGUUGAGCUAGCGAAGUCAAUCGAAUCAGAAGACGGUGUGGAUGGGGCUGUAAAAUCCUUUUUAAAACAUCUUCCACAGAAAAGGGAUUCCGAGACGACACCAACUGCGCCAGAGCCAACGUUCGUGCACCGGCUGCUUCACCCUGUAAACAGAUGCUUUGGCAUGGCAUCCUAACCCCGCAUUUCAAAGAACCUGCUUUGAUUUUGUGGCAUCACCGGAACAAGUUGCACCACAUGCUAAAGGAGAAGGGGGGAGCACCAACAUCGCUAGCCAGUCGUUACAUCCUAUAUAAAUAUUAAAAGAAUGCAGGUAGGGCUACUAGUUAUUCAUAUACUGUAAGUUUUUUGAAUCUUUAUUAUAUUUGUAUAGCUUGUGGUCAGUGUGGAUAAUACGGUAACUUGAGACUGCGGCUCCUCAAAAAUGUUUGUCAUUACCCACAUUUUUUUUCUUUUUAAAAUACUGGUGUAUAUAGAUUACAGAACUAGGCUGGCCUUUGGGUUGCUGCGGAAUUUCAUCCAAACUUUUGUCCACCCAAUGAUUUGGUCUGAACUCUGAACCCGAUCGCUGCUGAAUUGACAUGUGUAUGCUUUACAAA